AUGCGUCACUUCUCAAGGGCAUGCGCCAGACACUUGGCCCUCGGUCUCCGCAUAGGGAUUCCGAGACCGAGACCAUAUGAAUUGCCCAGAAACUCAACAUUCAAGCAAAUCACCACUUCAUUGAGUCGAUAUUCUUCCGAAGCCCCUCUCCACCACCAGCUGUAUGAGAUUCCACCGAGUCGAUUAGAAUCAAAGAUCCACCCUUUAGGGUGGGAGGCCAUCCAAGCCCAGACCGAGCCAUGGUUUGACCAGCACUGGGAGUUUGCGAGCGAAAAGGAGAAGGAGGGGUUCUUCGCACUUGGAAUGUCUCGUGCUUUCAGCCAAUUCUUCCCGCUUACUCUUGAUGAUCGAGUUGAGAUGACUUGCAAGCUGCAUUACUUGAUCCUUUUGAUCGAUGACCAACUGGAGAAGAUGGAUUUGCUGGAGAUGCUAUCCUACAGAAACCGAUUAAUUCAAAUUGUACGAGGACAAUCCAAGCCAGACAGAAAAAAGUGCUUUGAAUGGAUGCUAUUCGACACAUUCCAGCUCAUGCAAAGCACUGAUGAUGUGCUGGCGCGUGGUCUAGUUGAAGGGUUCUGCGCUCUCCUUCAAGCCCAGACGACUGAGGAACGCAUGUCGGUGAAGCACCUGGGACCAUACCUUGAGCAUAGAGAGGUCGAUGUCGGCAGACCGUUCUACUCGGCGCUCAUCAGAUUCGGCGCAGAUCUGCAUCUCAGCUCACCAGAGCUUUCCCAGACCGCCGCACUUGAAAGCUGUGCAUUCCGCUUUAUGGGCGUAUUGAACGACAUCUACAGCUGGGACCGCGAAUCCAAAGUGUACCAAGGCAACCCGACCGACGGAGCCCGCCCUUUCUCCGCAAUCUACAUCCUAUCCCAAGAGACAGGCCUAUCCUACACAGCCUGCAAGCGCCUGAUGUACGCCUACUGCCGAGAACUGGAGAUCGUGCUCAAACAAUCCAUCGAAGAUCUCAAACAGGAGAACGGCGGCACCUUGCGCCCGGAAAUGGACAAGUACACCAAAGGCUUGGAGUACCUCAUGAGCGGAAUCGAACAGUGGAGCCAAUGGACGCCCCGAUAUCGGCAAUAA